UUUUGGUUUUGUCACGUCAACGACGUCAACAUCGCGAAAAUGCAUUCGUCGUGUUUUGUUCUGGGUGAAAAAUAAUGAAAACUUCGGAAAAUUGUGCAAAGUUUUUGCUAAUUGAAGCUCGCUAGCAUUAUAAGUUCUCAGAUUUGUUCGAGUGGACCGUGUAGUCGAGGAAAUAAAAACGGAGAAUUUGUUGAGUGUGGAUUAUAUCGAUUAGUGGCAUCCGGUCGAAUCGAAACUUCUACAAUGUCGUCUAGAGUAAAACCCAUUCAUUUGGCCCCGAAUCUGGAAACUUUGGAGUCCCUUUACACACUCCCGAAGAACAUCGACAUGAGAAAGGUUCUGGUGCUUUGCCAGAGCGCCAACCGACUGAAACAGUCGGCCGACAGGCAUUAUGUGGAACGAGACGAGGAGAAUGCGUUCGUCAUGUAUAUGAAAUACUUGAAUCUCUUGAGCACAAUUAAAAGUCACCGGGAAUAUGCCGACAAAAAGCGGAACAUUAUCGAGGCUCUGGGACCAAACAAGGAACUGAUUCUCAUCUAUGAAAAGGUGGAAAAAUUGAAGACAAGUCUAAGUAAGCGAUACGCAACCUCUUGCGCGCAGAAUGAACGGGAGCAGAACAAAAUUCGAAACCUACAUGACCACAUAAGCCCCAUAAUAUCCCACGUGAAAGAUUCGAUAGAUGCCAAGGAACUGUUCGAAAUGAUUACCAACUCGAAGCUGAGCAUGCUCAUCAUGGACUGCCGCUCGGAGAAGGACUUCGAGGACAGCCGGAUCCGGUACACGUUUAUGGUGAAUGUACCGGAGUCGUUGCUGGUUCCCGGGAUGACCGCCGGGAAGAUUCAUAACGACCUGCCAGCAGAGUCGAAGAGUUUGUGGAUGUACCGGAAGGUGAAGGAGCAAAUAGUGCUGAUGGACAAUAGCACGCGGGGAACCCCCCACAAGGAUACGCCCCUCUGGGUGCUGGAAGAUAUCCUGAAGAAGUGGGAUCAUGACGUGGUUUAUGAGAAUCCAUUCUUGCGAGUCAAUGGUGGCUUUCAAGACUUUUUACUGCACUAUCCACAGUACUGUACUAAUCCGAACCACACUAUACCGGUAACGGACCAAGACGAUGAAUAUCGUUUGGACGACGUUGAAUAUCCUAACAUCAGCGAUAUCCGGAUGAAGGAUGAUAGCUUCGAGUCGCAGCCAGGACGACCAACGGUCGAUCGAAAUAGCAAAGCAGCAGCUCUACACACGUACAAGACGAGUCAAUCGAAGCCCAUAAAUGAAAUUUUACACGAACAGGAAAAGUUAAUUGAUAAAUCCAUUCAAAAUGAACAAGAACUAAUGACGACAGUGGACGAAUUGACGGAAAUUAAGGACAGAGAGAAACGCGUCGCAGAUGAUCAGGAGAAGGAAGAGCUUAAUCGAACAGCUAUUGAACUUAAAUACAAAUUGAUGGAGCUGCAAAACAAGCAUAUGGAUAUAGAAAGCGAAAACAAUGAUCUGAAAGAGCAACUGCAUCAAUACAAAGAAAAAGAACGUUGGAAAGAAGAAGAAGGCGAGCGCAUAUCUGCACAGGAAGCUGCCCGUCUUGCCGAACUAGCUCAGCAAAGAUCCAUAAUCAAACAGAAGCAGGAAAAGAUGGCGCUCUUGGAGCGAGAACGCAACGAGAAAGAACGGCAAGCCAAGUUGAAGGAAGCGUACGAGAAGAAAAUGCAAAUGAAAGAAAACCUGGUCGAACGGAAGCAGACGAUUCCGCAGUUCGAUCGUGCCGCCAAACCGACCGGCGUACUGUCCGACUACAAUCACAACGUGCAGCGUGAAGUGCAACGGGAUUUUGCACCCGUCUAUGGAUCGGUGGGACGAGGACUUACUGGACUAAAGAACUUAGGAAAUACCUGUUACAUGAAUAGUAUACUUCAGUGCCUCAGCAACACAACAUUCCUCAAUGAAUACUUCCUGGAAGAACAGUUUAAACAAAAUCUCAACAGAAACAACAAGACUCAAGGUAGGAUAGCAGAAGAAGUCGCUGCUGUGAUCAAAGCUCUAUGGACUGGUCAAUACAAAUGUAUUGCAAGCAAGAACCUGAGGUUCGUCGUUGGGCAAUAUGAACGUCAGUUUGGUGGAAUUGAGCAGCAGGAUUCGCACGAGUUGUUAACUAUUUUAAUGGACUGGCUCCAUUCCGAUUUGCAGACAGUGCCAAUAGAGAUCGAUACCAGUUUGGAAAAUCUACCGGCAUCGGAAAGAGCUUGGGUGGAAUACUUCAAAGGAAAGGAAAGCUACGUCGCCCAGCUUUCCUACGGUCAGAUCAAAAGUAUGGUGAAAUGUGUUAGGUGCGGAAAGGAAAGUGCCACGUACGAGUCGUUUUCUAGUCUCAGUCUCGAUCUGCCUUCCGAUGCCAAUCGAUGUGAUCUCAGUGACUGUCUGGACAUGUACUUCAACGGGGAGCGCAUCAUGGGAUGGAAUUGUCCACAGUGUAAGAGCAGCCAGGUCGCUAUUAAAAAAUUGGACAUUUCGAGGCUACCGUCGAUACUGGUGAUCCACUUCAAACGAUUCUACGCCGACCCGGAGGCGCUGUCUACGGUGUACAAAAAGAAGCAGAACUAUGUCAAAUUUCCGCUGACCGAUUUGGACAUGUCGCCACACGUUGCACCUUCGGAGAAGACACGCAAUCACAAGCUGAAAUCUCGCCGGUAUCACUUGUACGGUGUAUCGAACCACUACGGAUCGAUGGAAAGUGGCCACUACACGGCGUUUUGUCGGAAUAAGCUACAUAAUAAGUGGUACAAAUACGACGAUCACACCGUGUCUAGCCUCGACAAAUCGGAUGUGUGUUCCAGUGCCGCGUAUAUAUUAUUUUAUUCCGUUUUACCUGAGCGAAACCCAUCGGAUAUGUAAGUUACGAUAGAAACAAUAUCUUUUCUAUGUUUGUCCCAUUUGUUGACCAGUUUUAGUCAGUAAUCAGAAGAUUCGAUAUAUUACCGCAAAGUGCGACGAAGAAUUUAGCAUUUACCUUUAAGAUAUUUCGUUGGAAGUCUGCUGUAAAAUAGUUUUGCAAUACGGAAAACUUGAGUUGUUUUCGGUUUUUAAAACAGAAACGAUGGUACUGUGAUCUUCAAUCAAAAUAUUUCAGAUUAUAUGGGCCGCAAAUAACAUAUAUAUAUAUGAGAAAGAGAGAAGAUUGGCGACAUAUGUAUAUUUUAAAUGAAACAAAAACUUAUUGAACUCAUA